UUCCCAAAAUUUGGUUGACAGUUCGUGCCAGUCGUGGCAGAAUUUUUGGAGCAAAAAUAGUGAUUUAUCUGUUGCAAUUUUACCGUGUUGUGCCCCCAUUUCUCGUUAUCUUUUGAUCUCGUGCCAAUCCUCUGUCAUCAGUGUUGCUAUCUGUGCGAUAAUCGGUGAAAAUGUCGAAGAAAAACCCCUUACUUUCGUCCGCUGGACUCACCUUCGAUGACUUCACCCAUAACGCCAGGUUAAUGCCAGCUGCGGCACCUGUUCCCGUGGCCACGGUUGUUCCAGAUGUCCAGGGCUCUCGAGGAAGUUCAGAGGAACCCAAGGAGGAAAUCCGACCGGCACUGUUCGGUUCACCACCACCACCUGUUGCCUCUGAGGCCAAUUUCAGUGACAUCAGUUUGGAACCAAGUGCUGAACAGCAGGGAUCCUUUUUGGGGGCUUCAUCAGAGCCUCAAUUGUACAAUCCACUGCAGGGAAUUGAUCCUUACGGCGGAAGUACUGGGGAAAAGCCUUUAUCAGUAAAUCAACAAGGGGGUGAUUCUCUAUUCAGUCCACUUGUUCAGGCAACACAGCUGAAGGAAUCUCUGCAGCAUAUUCCCUCAGUGGCAUCUACGGUAUUUUCAACUUUUUCCAGCAUCCUCAAAGGUAGCACGGGGGAACAAAGUGAGCCAUUGAGUGGCCAGGAAAGUACCAUAAAUCCCCCUCAAGGUGCCUACAGAAGUCCUUUGGAUGCAAUUUAUGAACAACAGGUGCUGAAUCAAACAUCACAGAAUCCCGUGGAACAACCACAGGCAUCUCCAUUGCUCUUUUCUCCGGAAGAUCCGGCUAUAUCAGCUUUUUCAGCCGGUCAUACGCCUCCGCCUCCAACUGCAACAUCCACCAAUACUUUCCGUCUUGGUGGUAACAAGAAGAAGACUUACGCACCUGUUCCCGGACUGUCUAGUGGAAAUAUUGCUCAGGAAGCACCAGCAUUUCCUCCACAGACACAUAAUUUACCACCAAUUCCAGUUCCUGAGCAUAAGCCUGUAACUCCACCACCUGUGAAUUUCUAUUCACCACCUCAGCAGCCAGCUGCUCCACAGGUAGCUCCCAUCAUUCCGUCUGUUCCGGAACAGCAGGCACAAGUACCUCAGGGGAAUCAAAAUAAAUUUUCUCUGUCAUCAUUUUUCUCAGCUCCGAUCCUUGAUCGUUUUCAAGGCAAGAGCAGUGUGCAGGAAGUGCCAGUUGCAGCUGAAAUAUCUUCUGUAGAUUCUGUUGGAAGCAUUCCAGGUCAGGAAAAAUUAAUUCAGCCAGCAGUGCAAGCACCAGUUUUUAUUAAUCCUCAACUGUUCAAUACAAAUCCACUUGGUGGUUCUUUGAGAGGACAGGGUAUCUCUCCGAAAUCUUCUUCUGCUAUUCCUGAGCCUCCAGUGAGUCAAGGUCCAUUCUUUAGUCCUCAAGGGAAUCAGCCAGGACCACCUCCAGCGAGUCAAGUUCCAUUUUCCUCUGCUUCUCAAGUUCCGCCUGAGCCUCCUUUGGCAAGCCAAGGUCCAUUCUUUACUUCCCAAGGGAAUCAGUCAGGAGUAUCUCCAGCGAGCCAAGUUCCAUUCUCUUCUGCUCCUCAAGUGAUUCAACCAGAGGCAUCUCCAGUGAAUCAGUCUAAACCACCUUCUGCAAGCCCAGUUGCAUUCUUUGCUCCUCAAGUGACUCAGCCUGAACCGUCUCCAAAAAGUCAAUUUGCACCUCCUCCAACAGCUUCUGUUCUCCAAGGGAAUCAUCCUGGACCUAUUACAGGAAGUUCUGCUCCUCAAGUGACUCAAGCACAGAUAUUUCCUCCUGAAUCUGUUUCUGGGAGCCAAAGCGGAUUUUUUGCUCCUCCAUCAACUUUUCCUCCUUCAACGCCUACUGUUCCCCUGUAUCCUCCAUCAGUACAGCCUCAAGCUCAACCAGGCUUUCCACCUGUCCAGACAUCAGUAAAAUCCGAAACACCAUCAGCGCCACCACCAACAAACACUGCCAAUCCCUUCAGUGGAUAUCGUUUGGCCAAGAAAAAAACUCCGACAUACAAGAAUUCACUGAUUCCAGAGACAAAGACAACUUUCUUCGUGCCGGAAUCCAAUCAAACUCCCUCAGUGCCAGUAAAUUUUUUCACACCAUCUCAAGCACCAAGUGCAUUUGUCCAAGCAACAUCUCAAGCCCCCGCAGCUCCGCAGGCAGAGCUAAAGAUUGAGACAAAAGUCUCAUCACCGACAAUUUUCAAGUCCACUUCAGAACCUGUACCUUCAGUUCAACCGGAUCAGGCAUUUUUCCUGCCCAAGAGUCCGAUUGACGAGAAAGUUCCCUAUACACCAGAAAAAUCGCACAUUGAUCAAUUGUGUACGGAAUUGGAGGCAACGACACUGCCCAAAGUUACACAGACAGUCAAUUUUUUCGGUGAUCAAUCAGCUAAUUGGUUUGACACCAAUCAAAACGCCCAAUUGCCAACAGAUCACACCACAGAGGACGUGAAUAAGAAUCAAACUGAUAUUCAUGCCAGUUUCUUCGAUUGUCCGCCAGAAUUGAAGCCAGACGAAGUGCAGCCCAAUUUCUUUAGUUUUCCAAAACCCUCGGCAGACGACGUGAGUAUCAACAAUAAUUCUCUGAUUGUGGAGAAAUCUUCAGUGGACGAUAGCAAAGUGUCUCUGGCAUCUUUUCCAUCCAACGAACGUGAGCAGCAAUCGCAAAUUUUAGGUGGUACUCUGCCAAACGGAGACCAAAUUAAGGAAGCUUCUACAGAAAGCAAACAGAUCACAACUGAUCAGCCCUUCAAUGCGAAUUUGUUAGAGAACACAAUAACCCCAAUGGCAACAUCAAGAUCAACUCCAACUGGUCAGGAGCCGUCAGGGAAGUCGGUAACAGACGCACCAACUGCUCCCAGUGGCUCGUACCGACCAGUCUACAAACACUGGUUCUACAAGGAAAAAAUCGAAGGCAAGGAUGCGUGGACCCCAUUCUCCAUGACAGACUCUCUGGCUCUUGAGGAAGCCUUCAUUACUUCCUCAGCGGAAUCAACGACGAUAGCCACCGAUGGAGGGCGUCAUGAUGUGAAUAUUGCUGCAAGGACACGAACAGCCAUUUACUGGACAGCGGAAGUCAAUGAGGUCCGAAGGUGUUCGUGGUUUUACAAAGCUGUUGAUUCGCGAUUUGUUCCCUAUGAAGAGGAAACGGCAGAUUAUUUGGAGGAGGAAUACAAGAAUGCUUUUGCGAGUGGUUCGUGGCACAAGCAACUGACUCUGCCCAAUGGGGAACAGGUGAAUUUUCACGGACCAAAUGUGAUGGUGCAUUUCCUGCAGACGACUCCAGAUGCCUGGGGAAAUACGCCACAGGUUACAAAUCGUCCUCGGGUGGUCAAGAGAGGUGUCGAUGAGUUCAAUAUUGACGAUGGAGAACCCGAACAGAUUGAUCAUGUGCUGUUUGUGGUGCAUGGAAUUGGGAAGGCUUGUGAUUUUAAAUUUCGAACUGUUGAGGAAGUUGUUGAUGAAUUCCGAAAUAUUGCUCUGCAAAUGGUUCAAUCGCACUACAGAUCAUCGUAUGAUGCUGGAGAAAUUGGUCGAAUUGAAGUGUUACCCAUUUCUUGGCACAGUGAACUACAUUCUGAUGAAUCGGGCAUUGAUGCCAAACUGAAAUCCAUCACUUUGGAAUCCAUUCCUAAGCUGAGAAACUUUACCAAUGACACUUUGUUGGAUGUACUGUUCUACACGAGUCCGAUCUUCUGUCAGAGCAUCAUGGACACGGUCUGUGGAUCAGUAAAUCGUCUGUACAAAUUAUUCUGUGAGAGAAAUCCCAAUUUCAAGGGCGGAGUCUCACUGGCUGGACACAGUCUUGGCUCUCUCAUCCUCUUUGACUUGCUGUGCCAUCAGAAAUCUCCAAGCAACGACAAUGAACACGAAGUAGAGAAUUCGGAAACUCCUGACCAGAUGAACGUGGUCACACCGACAGAGCCCAUCCUAAGGCCGGAGAAGCAAACAGCCCAACAGAUAAACUAUACAAUGGGACCAGCUGGAACGGGUCAGCCAUUCAUCAAUUAUCCUCAAUUGGACAUUCGACCGAGGAAUUUCUUUGCUUUUGGAUCACCAAUUGGGAUGUUUGUGACUGUCAGAGGAAUUGACACCCUCGGACUGGACUUUAAGCUUCCCACGUGCGAUGGUUUCUUCAAUAUCUUCCAUCCCUAUGACAUUGUGGCGUACAGAAUUGAGGGAUUGGUGAAUGCUGAACUCAGUUCCCUGCGCCCAGUUCUUAUUCCGCAUCACAAGGGUAGAAAGAGAAUGCAUUUGGAACUCCGGGAGCAAAUGGUGAGGGUUGGUGGUGAAAUAAAACAGAAAAUCUUCGACACCUUCCGCUCAACAGUGGACACGGUUACCCAUAUCACGAGUUUGGGACGUGCUGAUCCUCAAGCUAUCAAAUGUGAAGUGGACAAGGUGCUGGAGGAGCAAUUGCAUCUGGAUGAGACACAGCGAGAGAUCAGUUCAGCUGGUACGGGAUCUUCGGGGGGAAGUGAAUGUGACACGGGAGAGACAGAUUUACCGUUGGGAAGACUAAAUCAGGCCAGAAGAAUCGACUAUGUACUGCAAGAAGCCCCCUUGGAAUUCUUCAAUGAGUACAUCUUUGCCCUUACCAGUCAUGUAUGCUAUUGGCAAUCUGAGGAUACCAUCUUGUUUAUUGUCAAGGAGAUCUAUUCAUCAAUGGGCGUCCAGACGGACAAUAAAGUUCCCCAGCAGAGUCUGACAAUUGAACGACCGACAGGGAGUCUACCACCAAGAUAGACAGUCACAAGGAGGAUUCCAGAAAGUUAUUUAUAUUUUGAUGAUUGUUUAAUCGUGGAGAGAAGGAAAUAAAAAGAUUCUAUCGAAUGUGAACAAA